CGAGCCGCCGGAGCCGGAGCCGGAGCUGGAGGUCCGGACACUUGCCGCAGCUCCUCUUUUUUUAAUGACCGGGAGGCACAGAGGAGGACGUUUGAGGAGAAAGGGGGACCACCGGGACGCGCAUGGCUCGAUGACAUGAUGUUCCUACCCUUCUCCCCUCCCCCCUCCACGUCUUUUUUCCCCGUUUUCCUCUUGCUCCUCCUUUUCCUCCCUCCGUCCCUCGUCUCCCCGUCCCUUUUCCACACCCCGCUGAGCUGGACUUCGCCUCACGACCCCUGCUACCACCUGGACGGCCGCCCGCGUCACUGCCUGUCGGAGUUCAUCAACGCUGCCUACGGGGUCCCGGUCCAUGCGAGUCACUCACAACGCGGGCCUGAGUAUGACAACAGCAACAUCACCACCUUGACGGACCUUCACAACCCUCACAACCUCACCUGCUGGAUGGCUCACAGAGGCACCGACGCCGGGCAGUGGGUGCUCACGGUGCCGCUUGGCCGCCGCUUUGAGAUCACCUACAUAAGCUUGCAGUUCUGCCAGCAGGGGGAACCAUCCGAUCCCAUCUCCAUCUCCGUGCUCAAGUCGAUGGACUCCGGGCGCACCUGGAGGCCGAUGCAGCACUACUCCAGCGACUGCCUCGGAAACUUCGGGCUGCCCUCCCAGACGGUGGCCCAGACCAGGCAUCAAGAGACGGAGCCUCUCUGCUCAGACCCUCGCCCCCUGCAGAAGCAGAGGGGGGGCAUGGUGCUGGCCUUCUCUACCUUGGACGGACGACCAUCCUCUCCCGAUUUUGACCACAGCCCCACCCUCCAGGAUUGGGUGACGGCCACAGACAUUCGUGUGGUCUUCCAUCAGGUGCCCAAAGUUGUCAAGACGAGCGGCUCGAAUAAAGACGACAGAGGGCAAUGGCGCGACGGUGCGGAGGAUCACAGAGGUACUGGGCUUAUGAGGUGGAGAGCGGGCCACAAGGGUCGCACUGAAGAGCAAGUGGACAAGUUAGACACAGAUAAUACACUGGCAUUUUUUGACAGGGAGGCAAAAAACUCGGAGACAAGUGGGAGGAACAGAGGAGAGAAAGUGGACAAACACGGAAGGAAGGGUCAUAGUAAAGGGUCAGGUCAAGAGGAAGAUGGACACAAUGUGACCAGCCAAGAAGGGGGGGAUGGGUUUGGCCUGGACACGCUCAUCUCUUCAAAGAAAGGCCGGAAAGGUAGAGGGCAGGGCCACAAGAAAGAGAAUGACCACUGGCUGCCGUGCCCCAACGGCGGCUGCAACUGGACAGUGGAGGGGCGGAGCAGGGGCAGCAAAGGGCGGGAGCUGAGGAAGAGGAGGAACAACAAUCUCAACGCGAGACAGAGAGCCAGGAAUCUGCAGGUGGCCACGCCCGCUGCCGUCGUCUCUCCCGCCCACGGCCCUCUGGGCCUCUCCGACGUGCAGGUCGGAGGAAGGUGCAAGUGUAACGGACACGCCUCCAGGUGUCGCCGUGACGACGCGGGCCGGGCGGUGUGCGUGUGCGAGCAUCACACGGCGGGGCCGGACUGUGACGUGUGCGCGGAUUUCUUCUUUGACAGGCCGUGGCAUCGAGCUACACCCACACAGCCGAACCCCUGUGUCGCCUGCGAGUGUAACGGCCAUUCAGACAAGUGCCGCUUCAGCAUGGAGGUGUUUCAGCAGUCGGGCCGACGCAGCGGAGGUGUGUGUCAGAAGUGUCGCCACCACACGGCCGGACGCCACUGCCAGUACUGCCAGAAUGGAUACACCCGCGACCACGGCAAGCCUCUGAGCCACCGCAAGGCCUGCCAACCGUGCCAUUGCCACCCUCUGGGAGCGGUGGGCCGCUGGUGCAACCAGACAUCAGGUCAGUGUCUGUGUCGAGACGGCGUGACGGGCCUCAGGUGCAACCGCUGCGCCCCGGGAUACAAGCAGGGCAAGUCCCCUCUACGGCCCUGCAUACGAAUUCAAGAGGUCGCUCCGACCCCAGCGUUCCAACCUCAAUACAGCAUAGCGGAGGAGUGUCUUUCAUACUGCCAGCCUUCGCAGGUCAAAGUCAGGAUGAACCUGGAGACCUAUUGUUUCAAGGACUACGUGCUGAAGGUGCAGGUGAGAGGGAUGGAGCGUUCGGGUCCCUGGUGGCAGUUCUCCAUCUCCGUCCAAACCGUCUUCCGCACGGGGUCCCCGUCCCGCGUCCGCAGGGGCGCCCACUCCCUCUGGGUCCCCGACCGUGACCUCGGCUGCGGCUGCCCCGCCCUCCACGUGGGUCGGACUUACCUCCUGAUCGGCGCAGAGGAAGGGGAGCGCGGCUGGGGCCCCGAGGAGAGUCGCCUGGUGGCCGACCGCUCCACCCUGGCCCUCCAGUGGCGGGAACACUGGAGCCCCAAACUCAGGGGCUUCCGGGGGCAGGACAAGAAGGGCCGCUGCCCUCCGAAAUCCCCCGACAGCCGCCGCAGGGAGCCCUCGAAGCCACAGUCCGGCUACAUCCCACCUCACCUGCUGACAGAGAAGGACACUGGCGGCGUGAACACACACCCUGUGAAAGUGGACGUGACUCAGACCGCAGCGGAGCCGCGCACACACCCUCACGCGCAGGUCGAAUCCGCAGCGGAGACGCCCUCCCCCACUACUCCUGCUCCGGUCUGCUCCACCCAAGGUCCUGGAUAAGGACAAAUUCUAGGAGAAAAAAAAACGAACAAAGGAUCACUGAGGUUUUUGACCUCAACCCUCCGCCUUUCAGGACAGAAAAAGAUUUACUAUAAAGGAGAAGAACGUGCUUCUCCGUGUUUUUUCCUCGUGCAUCUGUCGGCGUUUGUGUGCACUUGGAGGGCAAAGGUCAAUAUCGUCGUGACGGUGCGGCACAAAGUGGUGAAUAGUGAAAUAUCUAGAAUGCCCGCCCAAAACAAUCGGUGCCAUGUGAAAUAUUAAUCGUAAGGAUUCGAAUAUUUUCUACGAAAAGUUUUACUUGAAAAAAUUAAACUCUGACUGAGCGGCCA